AUGAAAUUAAAAUCGAAGUGUAACAUUAAUUCUGAUAGUCUUAAUAUUGACGACACUAUUAGUAGUAGUAGUAGUAGCGCUGAUUAUUAUUUUAACAGUCAUGAAAAUCUAAGUCCUACAACUGCAACUUUAUUACCAAGAAAUUUAUUGGAUAGUCCAGUACUUAAUGAUCAAACCAUUUUACCAUCAACUUCAUUUCUGUCAACAUCAAAGAAUAAACAGAAAAAUUCUUAUCUACAAAUACCUAUAAUGCAUUUGAAUACAGAAAAUAAUAAAUUGAAGAUUCAAUCUUUUGAUGAUGAUGAUAAUAAUAAUAAUAAUAAUAAUAAUGUCAUUAGCCCUGAUGUUACUAUUUCUACGACAAAAAAUACUAAUGUCAAUCAACGUACUGACAAAUGCUUCACGGGAUUUUAUUUAAAAACUACUUAUUCUGAUGUUACAUUCAUGAUAAAAGAUCCAUUUAUCAUUGAAAAAUUGAUUUUAGUACCAAUGACUAAAUUAUUUCUUUACUUAAUGAAAAAAAGUAAACAUAAAGUUAAUGAAAAUGAGUCAAAUUAUAAUUGCAGUAAAAGCACUACUGUUUACACAACUACUAAUAAUGAAAUAAAUGAUUAUUCAUCCUUAGUAUCGUCAUCAUCAUCACCAUCUUAUUCAUGUCAAUUGAUUCAUUCUAAACGUGUAUUAAUGGAAUUAUAUGAGAACUAUAUUGAAACUUAUGGAUAUUUAAAACAUGCAAAACUAUUUGUUAAAUAUACAUUGAAAGAUUUCCCUGAUUGUGAAGAAAAAUCUAACCUUCUAAAAUUGCUUAAUAAAUAUGAUAGAUCAUUGAGUGUAUUGAAUAAAUCAGAUAAAUUUUCUAUCCAACAUAAAAUUAAUAAUGAUACAUCUGAUUUUUGCUUAAAUGUUAAUACAAUUCCAUCUGAAUAUCAGUUCCCCACAUUUUCAUCAUCAUCAUCAUCAUCAUCAUCAUCAUCAUCAUCAUCAUCAUCAUCAUCGUCAUCAUCAUCAUCAUCAGUCUCAUCAUCCAGUAAAACGUUAUGUCCUUUUCAAAGUUCAUCAUUUUCAAUAAAGGAUUAUUAUUAUCAUUAUCAUUAUCAACAAGAUCAAUUACGUUCAUCAGAUUUGUCUUUAAAUAUUAUAAAUAUAUCACCAUUUGAGUUAACAAAUAAUUUAUCAGAAGUAAAUCAUUUUAAAUCAAAUUAUAUUAUACAAACAAAACCAAUUUCAGCCUAUUAUGGUGAUAGGAAAAAAUUAAAUAAGGUUUCAUCAGAUAAUUCAAAAAGUAAGAACGAUUCAUUAUUCAACAUACGCUACAAAACACAAGUAUGCAGAUAUUUUCAAGAACAUGAUGGUUAUUGUCCAGCUGGAGUAAGAUGUCAUUUUGCACAUGGUGUAAUAGAACUGCGAGAUCCGAAAUCCCAUCCAAAAUUUCGUAGUCAAAUAUGUCGAAACUAUUCAACCACUGGUAACUGCUCAUAUGGUGAUAAGUGCUAUUUUAAGCAUUUCAUAAAUGAUUCGCAGUCAAAAACAACAGAAACAACACCAAGAUUAAAAGUAUUCAAUGAUAAAGAAAAUCCAUCACCUGAUUCAACUAGUCAACCAAUGAAACAUCUAGUUAAUCCAAAAAGAAUGUGA